UCUCCUGGCUCCUCUGGCUCCCCUGGUCCCCCUGGCUCUCCUGGCUCCCCUGGUUCCCCUGGCUCUCCUGGUUCCCCUGACCUGCUCUGGCUCCCUGGCUCCCGUGGUCCCCCUGGCUCCCCUGGCUCCUCUGUCUCCCCUGGUCCCCCUGGCUCUCCUGGCCCCUCUGGCUCCCCUGGUCCCCCUGGCUCUCCUGGCUCCCCUGGUCUCCCUGGCUCCUCUGGUCCCCCUCUCCUAGCUCCUCUGGCCCCCUGGCUCCUCUGGCCCCCUGGCUCCCCUAGCUCCUCUGGCUCCCCUGGCUCCUCUGGCUCCCCUGGCUCCCCUGGCUCCUCUGGCUCCCCUGGUCCCCCUGGCUCUCCUGGCUCCCCUGGCUCCUCUGCUCUCCUGGCUCCUCUGGCUCUCCUGGCUCAUCUGGCUCCCCUGGCACUCCUGGUCCCUGGCUCCACUGGAACAGCCUGGAACAGCCUGGCGGUCUGGGCCGUGGGCUGCAACAGGGCCUGGGACUAUACCUACAUCGGCCGCAUUACUACCUAG